AUGGCUGUGUCGGAUCUAGACAGCUCGCUCGAGAAUCUAAUCAAGACGUUUAAUGAGCUCAAUGCUUCCACUGUGGAAGAGCUCUUCUCAGAGCCGAGCCCUCUUGAGUUCAUGCGCUAUGUGGCUCGCAACACGCCGUUCGUGAUCCGGGGAGGCGCUUCCAGCUGGAAGGCAACGAAGAAAUGGAACGCUGCCUAUCUGAAGACGGUUCUCGAGGGCCAGUCUGUGAAUGUUGCGGUUACUCCGUUUGGCAAUGCCGAUGCUCCAACGUUCUCGGCUCAGCAUCAAGCCACUGUCAUCGCAAAGCCUCAUGAGGAGACUCAGCUGUUUGGCGACUUCUUUGCAUACAUCACUCAGCAGGAGACGGACCCGGCGUUUGCUCUCGACUCUGAAGUGAGAUAUGCCCAAACCCAAAAUGACAAUCUUCGGGAUGAGUAUCUCCCUCUGUAUCCCGAUGCCCUAAGAGACAUUCCAUUUGCACGGAUAGCCCUGGGGAAAGAGCCAGACGCCAUCAACCUAUGGAUCGGAAACUCGCGAUCCACAACAUGUCUGCACAAGGACAACUUUGAAAACAUCUUUGUGCAAAUUGUGGGCAGAAAGCACUUCGUAUUGCUCCCUCCGCUGCUCCACGCUUGCGUCAACGAGGAUCUGCUUUUGCCGGCAACGUACGUGCGAGAGGGCCAGGGCUUCACGCUUCGCCUUGACCCGGAUUCUCCUCCGGUGCCGCUGGCGACUUGGGAUCCCGAUGAUCCUGAGCGGAAUGCCUCGCCCGUGUCUGCCUUGGCAAGGCCUCUUCAUGUGACGCUGGAUCCUGGAGACAUGCUGUAUCUCCCUGCUAUGUGGUAUCACAAGGUCAAGCAGUCCUGCAUUGAUGAUGGCGAAGGAUUCGUCCUCGCUAUUAACUAUUGGUAA